GGCCAGAGACCAGAGGCCACAGAGCAACAAAAUUACUAUUUAUUUCUUGUUUACCUUGCAGGUUGACCUAACGCGACGCAUCCCCCUUGGCCCUUCUUGGUCCUUCUUCCAUUCGAUCCCCAUCCCGCCUUUUGCAUCUCUGUUCUCUCCAGUAAUAAUAAUAAUAAUAAUAAUAAUAAUAAUAUAAAAAAGAUAAAAAUAUUCUUCAACUCCAUUUCAUUUCAUCACGCACGCUGGUGGGGUGGGGGGGCUCGCAAGAUCAAGAGAAUGAGAAGAGAUAAGAAGAUGAAAGGAAGAAUUUCGAUGAUUGGGAGUUACGCCAUUGCAUCCUCCAUUAGAGACCACCACCAUCAACGCCCUUCCAUUACCUGCACCACCUUCAACAUACUCGCUCCCAUUUACAACCGUCUCAAUCAACAGGAUCCCAGUUGCCGUGAAAGCGAUUAUAGGACAUACUGGCUUGCCAGAAAUCAGAGAAUUCUCGAUUGGCUCUUGUAUGAGAAAUCUUCCAUUAUCUGCCUUCAGGAAUUCUGGGUUGGAAAUGAAGAACUUGUAAAUAUAUACCAAAACAGACUUGGCAAUGCCGGUUAUAUCAAUUUCAAGCUUGCUCGGACCAAUAACCGUGGCGAUGGUUUGUUGACUGCGGUGCAUAAGGAUUAUUUCAGAGUGGUUAACUACCGAGAGCUUCUGUUUAACGAUUGUGGAGACCGCGUCGCGCAGCUAUUACAUGUUGAAUUAGCAGUUCCGUUUUCACAGUCCCGAAACAACGAUAUUCGUCAGGAAAUUCUCAUCGUCAACACUCACUUGUUAUUUCCUCAUGAUUCUAGUCUCUGUCUUGUCCGCUUGAAUCAAGUAUACAAAAUUCUGCAAUAUGUUGAAUCUUAUCAGAAAGAAAACAAACUCAGUCCCAUGCCCAUCAUACUUUGCGGUGACUGGAAUGGAAGCAAACGUGGACACGUGUACAAGUUUCUUAGGUCGCAAGGGUUUGUAUCCUCCUAUGACACAGCUCAUCAAUACACAGAUGCAGAUUCACGCAAGUGGGUGAGUCACCGGAAUCAUCGGGGAAACAUUUGUGGGGUUGACUUCAUAUGGCUUUUAAACCCAAACGGAUACAGAAAAUUGUUAAAAACUAGCUGGAGUGAAGCUAUUUUUGGCAUGUUCAAGUAUCUGCUUCGAAGAGCGUCACUGACAGAAGAUGGUGCAUUUGCCUUUCUGAAGGUGGACAGUGAUGGUGACUACAUAACCUACUCAGGUUUCUGUGAGGCUCUUCGACAGCUCAAUUUAACUGGCCAUCUCCAUGGCCUUAGCGUUGAAGAGAUAAAGGACUUGUGGGUACAAGCAGAUAGAGAUGGAAAUGGCAUUCUUGAUCAUAACGAAUUUCAGCAGAGAAUUUGGAAUUCUACGGGGAUGGAGGAGAGGGAUGAAAAAAGCGAUGAGGUUGAAUCAAAGGAAAAUCAAGAGCAAACGAUUGGUUUCAGUGUUGAGAAUGCAGUCCUGUUUCCUGCUGAAGUGGAGAAAGGAAGGUGGCCUGAGGACUACUCCCUUUCAGAUCAUGCACGGCUCACUGUGGUGUUCGCACCCAUAAGAAUGCCCUGUUCUCAGUUGUUAUCCUGAUGGCAUACAAUUGUUACUGUAUACACAAGAAGUGGAAAUCAAUUCACAAUUGCAUUGCUUGUUCUCGAGGGAUGAAACAUCGAGAAGUUCUGGGCGGGAACACAACUCAUUUGAUUAUUUUCCUUAAUUUUCCAACCCAAGGGAUAAUAUUGGUUUGGAGUUGGAAGCACACAACUGCACCCACAAACUCUCAUGGACGAAAGCUUUUGAAGCCCAUUUUUGGGGAGCAGAAUCCAGCCCCUCACAAGUGAAAGGAAGGAUAGAGGCCAUGAUGUGUACAGACAAACAGUUAAAUGGUUAUGGAAAUCCUUGACCCUUGCUUUUGUAAUAUUUGUGCGAUAUAUAUAGCAUAUGUACAGUUUCUUGAUAUUUUUGCUAUUUGGUAUAGAAACAAUUCAUUAGGGUCU